UCACUGCCAUCUGGAUGGAGGGCGUUACUAAUAAAAUUGAAAAUAAUUAAAUUCUAAUUGAAUAAUACGAAAAAAUAUUGUGAGUUUGUCAGUUCGAAAAUAUUGAUGAAAAUAUUUUUUUGAAAUGUUUUCUACAAUUCCCCGAUCUCUGUUAUGUUGUACAAACGUCAUAGUCCCGAACAGGGCGUUAGCGUUUGCACUGACCAAAUGUCCGUUCCUGGAGAACCCUAAUCUGCAAUGCCGAGAGUACCACGAGGUCACCGGCAAUAUAAUCUGCCCGAACGUGGUUAGAGGCAUCGAUAAUCUCCGGGAUCCUAGAUUGAACAAGGGUCUAGCGUUCACAUUGGAAGAACGACAAGCCCUCGGAAUUCAUGGCCUCUUAGCUGCCAAGUUCAAAACUCAGGAGGAACAGCUGGAUAUCUGCAGUAUAUCCAUCGAUAGAUAUGCGGACAACCUCAAUAAAUAUCUCUACCUCGUCGAGUUACAGGACAGAAAUGAGAAGUUGUUCUUCCGACUUCUUGCUGAGAAUGUGGAAAAGUAUCUACCAAUUGUAUACACCCCGACCGUGGGAUUGGCCUGCCAGAGGUUCGGUCUCAUUUACAGAAGACCUAGGGGUCUAUUCAUCACUAUCAAAGAUAAAGGACACAUUUUCAAUAUUCUGAAGAAUUGGCCCGAACCAGAUGUCAGAGCGAUAGUGUUCACGGACGGUGAGCGUAUUUUGGGUCUCGGUGAUCUGGGCGCUUACGGCAUGGGUAUACCGGUCGGCAAGUUGUCGUUGUACACUGCACUCGCUGGAAUUAAACCGCAUCAAUGUUUACCUAUAACGUUAGAUGUUGGCACUGAUAACCAGGACCUAUUAGAGGACCCUUUGUACAUCGGCUUGCGGCAGAAGCGUGUACGUGGACAGGAAUAUGAUGAGUUUAUUGAUGAAUUCAUGGAAGCCUGUGUGCGAAGAUAUGGCCAAAAUACACUGCUUCAAUUUGAAGACUUCGCUUUAGCGAAUGCUGGGCGCCUUUUGGUCAAGUAUCGCAAUAGAUAUUGCACUUUCAACGACGACAUCCAGGGUACGGCCAGUGUGGCCGUGGCAGGACUGAUGGCAGCUGUCAGAGUCACCAAGAGGAAACUCAGCGAAAAUAUAUACUUGUUCCUCGGUGCUGGUUCUGCUUCCAACGGUAUUGCCAAUCUAACAGUGGCAGCUAUGGUGGCCGAGGGUCUCUCCGUGAGGCAAGCUCGGGACCGGGUUUACAUGUUUGAUGUGGACGGAUUACUGUCGACACGCCGUGAGGGUGGUGUGCCUGAACACGCGAAGAACUUCGGUAAGGACAUCGAGCCGGAGAAGGAUUUUGAAAAGUGCGUCGCCAAGAUAAAACCAAGCUGUCUUAUUGGUUGUUCCACUGUGGGUGGCGCUUUCACCACAAAUGUUCUGAAGCAAAUGGCGCAAAAUACAGAGCGGCCGGUUAUUUUUGCUCUCUCUAAUCCAACAAGCAAAGCCGAGUGUACUGCUCAAGAUGCAUACGAUCAUACAGAGGGUCGUUGUGUAUUCGCGUCUGGUUCUCCUUUCCCACCGGUUAUAUACAAUGGCAAGGAGUAUCACACAGGGCAAGGCAACAAUUCGUACAUCUUUCCUGGUGUCGCCCUUGGUGUGAUUGCCACAGCCACGCACCAUAUACCUGAGACUAUGUUCCUUACUGCUGCGAGAACUUUAGCUAAUUAUGUAAGCGAAGAAGAUCUGUCCAUCGGCCGCAUAUAUCCGUCGUUGGCUGAAGUGAAGGAAGUGUCAGUAUCUAUUGCUAUUGAAGUCGCCAAGAUGGCGUACGAUGAAGGUUUGGCGUCUGUCUACCCCGAGCCAAAAGAUCUCGCUAAACAUGUCGAGAAUCAAAUGUACAACUACUACUACGAGAGUGCUUUGCCAGUUGUAUGGGAUUGGAAACCCGAGGAGAAAUUUAAUGUAAAACCAAUCCAACCAGUACCGAAAAACAUCUAAACAGUAUUACUAUUUUUUAAUUAUUUAUUUUAUUAUCUAAGCGCAAGGAACAUCGCGUCACAUAUUGUAAGAGUCGACUGUAAUCGACACUUUGACGCCUUUAUGGGAGUGUUCAUGAUUUUGUUUAUUAUUGUUACGAUAUGAAUUAGGGAUUUAAGAAUGCAUCUGUAAUGUCAUCCUGUAGCACGAAGUAUGUUAUUCGAAAAGUAGGGCUUUGGUCCAGUUGCAUGUUUUAUAACGCUGGCGUUAAAUAACACAGAUUAUGAUUUGAAGCGGUUAAUAUAGAUUUAUUAGAAUUGUUAAUAAUUCUAACACCACAGACAAUUUAUUUUAUUAAAAAAUAUUUUCUGUCUUUGGUAUCUGAAAUUUAAUUGGAUCUUUAUACAGUAACUGGACCUAUUUGUAUUUCACGUAGUAUUUGUCUUAUUGUAUGUUUGUGUGCAAGGUAGUAAGUAGAAAUACGAGUUGAAUCUAUAUAAUGUAAUCAUGUUCAAAGUAAUAUACAAUGUUCGUCAAACUAUAUAUUUAUGGGCGCCUUUCAUAUGUCAUAUUACCUAAUUUCACGAAAUGGUUAUCUUUGAAGUUGGGAAUGUUUGGUACAAAGUAUGGCAAUGAAUUAUUCGUUUAUUGCUGAACUAUUCAUAACAAAAACUUACUUUGUAAUAUCAUUAUGCUCAUAUGUUUUUGUGACUAACAUCUGACACAUUUGGAGAUACUUUUAACUUAUUUUAUUACAGUUUGUUUUAGCGUUAUUUUCUAAUUGCACUUUUGCUUGAACUAAUUAUUACUUACAUUAUUUAUAAUUUUUAAGAUUUAAAUGAAACAACACGAUACAGCACUUACUUAUCGUAUUAAUUUAUAUAAUGGCAAAAAUCUUAAGGAUACAUUGAUAUUAUAACAAUAUAAUAUUAUUAAAAUAGAAAGGAAAUACUCUAGUCAGCGCGGUAUUAAAACUAUAUUACGGAUAUCUACCAUGCAGGUUCGUAAUUAUACAGUAAUAUUAAGAGAAAGCACAAUCAUUUGGAUGUAUAUGACUGUAGAAUAAAAUGUAGCUCGAUUAGAAUAUAAUUCUAAUUAAUGCAUAAAUUAGAUGAAAAAUAAUUUUAGUGGCAUCUUUUAUUUUUUAUUAUAAAUUGUGACUAUUGCAUGGCUCAGUAAGACAUUAGAUAUCUUGAGUAUAGUUAUCAUAAUUCGAUUAUCAGAUGUCAAUGUGUUUAGAAAAUGUAUUAUCUUGACUAUAAUGUUAAUAUUCUUUUGCGGGCAACAUUAAUUUUGAAUAAAAGAAAAUAGAUUAAAUCUGUAGUACUGUAACGGGCUUUCCCCCUGAAUAAGCUAAAAGCGUAAGUUUGCAAUCUGUCAAAAAUUGAAAUCGGGUUGUAAGAAGUUAAUGCAAGAAAGAAGAACUCGAAAAUUCGUCUAAAUAGUAUAUGUAGUAUUUUAAUCAGUUUAGCGUUGAAGACUAUUUGCAUUCAAUGAAUAGUUCCCAUAACACCUUUAAGUAGAAACAAUGUGGUAUGCUUGUUUUUCAAUGCAUAUACAUAGAUUGAAGUUGUCGAAUCUUUGCGUAAAAAAGAAAUGAAUCUAAUAGAAUAUUAAAGUGUGAUUAAUUAGUUCAAAUAUAUAGGAAUAAAGUUUUUUGGCAUUUGUUAAUUGUUAAUUGAUAUAUAGUACUACAGUAUGCCUCAAAUACCACUAUUAAUUGGGGUUCUACAAUUUUAUUAUUUUUCUGUAUUAUAAUGCAGUUAAGGAUAAAAUUGAAUUAAUAGAGUUGGACAUGAAUUGAAACAUCUGUCCAUAUCUUCAACAUUGAAUACACGAAAACAAUUUGUUACUAUAUUCCAUAUAGUAUACUUUACAUAGGCUUUUAUGAAAAACGAGAUCAUGAUAUUAAACUUGGACUAUUUUAUAAUUUUAAGAAAAUUAAAUGUAUUUUACAUUUUAGUCUAACUUGAUCUAGAAUAACCGAUUGCAAAUAUUAGUAUUAUGUUAUUUAAAGUGAGACGCAUUUCGCAAAGCGAAGUAAACCUUAUUUAUUUAAUUUACAAAUAUUGAUACAUAGUGAUUUUUAGCUGUGAAGAUAAAAUUAUUUUUAAACUAUGAGUUAAUGUUUAUCAGUUGUUCAAAAUAUACAUGUUUAAUUAAGACCAAUUUUAUUCAAUGUUCAAUGGAAUUGUUUUGUUGUCAAUUAUCAUGCAAUAUGUUUAGAAUGAUAUUGAUGUUUGAGGGUCUUUUUAAUUUUACGAUUAGGUCAAUUACCUCAUCUCCCCAUGGCAACUGUAAUGUACCUUUUAGGCGUACCAAGUCGUAUGUUUAGUUAGUGCAAUUGUUAUAUAAAUUAUAGAUGU